GUGUCAUGUCCUUUUAUUUCUAACUGGGAGUUAAAAACAGACCCUCCUCUAUCUCUCUCUCUCGGGCAAGUCCAGUCUCAAAUUUCUCUUUACAGAGCUUUCUACAGAGAGAGAGGGAGAGGUCAUAGUGGAAGUUGAAUUGGUUCAGUUGAAUUGGUUUGGUCAGGCCAGAAGAAUGUCUUUUUUUUGCCCCUUUUAUCUUCUUCUCUUUCGACUUUCCUUUUCUUGACACAACUAUUUGUGGGUCUUCGAGUUUCUGUAGUCCUUCUUCAAAAGACUGCACCUUUGUUUUCUUGAGGAUUCUCCAAUGGGUCUUGUUUUCAAAAGUUUCCCCCUUUGACUGGUGCCGAUUUUGUCUUCUUCUUUUUCAAGCAGGGUGCUUCGUGUUGCUGAUUCUUUCUUUCAGUCUGUCGUUAUGAUAUGCAUACAGUUCUUGAUAUUAUUUAAUUCCAUUUCAUGUUUAUUUAUUAUUAAUUUACUUGUUGGUGUGUUACAUGGUUUCUCCUCGUGUUUCUUUUUUCUUUUUUCUUUGACCAUAUUAAUAAGACUUAGAUAAUGACACAGAGCAUCAUACCCGUUAGACUGAUAAUAAUUAUUAAUACUUUUUGUCAAAUAUUUUAAACUUAUCUUCUGUGUUGUGUUUAACAGGAUUUCUGUGUCUUCUCAGCCAUGAAUCAUUGCAUUCCUGAUUGGAAUCUUGAGGGUGAUCUUCCUGUCUCCAAUCAGAAGAACCCCAUGGAGCCAGACAAUGAGCUAGUAGAGCUGCUAUGGCGAAAUGGGCAGGUGGUUAUGCACAGCCAAACACAAAGAAAACCAAGUCCUCACGUUCAAAAACAUGAUUCACCAACAGUAAGGGGCUAUGACUCAACUCUGAAUUCAAGUCAUUUGAUUCAAGAUGAUGAGACAGUUUCUUGGAUUCAUGACCCUCUUGAAGAUUCCUUUGAAAAGGAGUUCUGUUCCAAUUUUUUCUCCGAAUUGCCACCACCGCUUUCUGAUCAAAUUUCAGAAGAAAAGUCGGCUAAAUUUGAUGCCUCGAAAACUUCACAUCAGCAACAACAACUCAACAACAACAAGCAUCCAGUGGUUCCUGAAUUUCCAGGAAACCCAAUGCCCCCUCCAAGAAUUCAAGUCCAGGAGCAAAAUCAUAUUAGUGUAGGAGGAUUUGGUAAAGCUGUUAAUGUUAACUUUUCUCAGUUCUCAGCUCCCCUAAAAGUGGGUGAUUUUAGAUCUUCAAGUCGACAAUUUGGAGGACAGGGGUCUGGAGAUUUUUCACAAGGAGAGGCCAGGGAGUGCUCGGUGGUGACAGUAGGGUCAAGCAACCAAACUCCACGUGACCGUUUCCUGAGCCGUGCUUCUGGUAAUGCUAUUGAGACCGGUACAGGCUUGUCCGCCGGACCCUCCAUAGAUGAUCCACGAAAAGUAAUCUCCCAGAGCGAGAGAGGCAAAGCUGAUCAGACACUUGAUCCUACUGCUACUUCAUCCUCAGGUGGGUCAGGUAGUAGUUUUGCUAGAACAUGUAAGCAAUCUGCAGUACCUAGUCGUGGCCAGAAAAGAAAGACCAUGGACGCGGAGGAAUCUGAGUGCCAAAGUGAGGAUGCCGAACUUGAUUCAACAGUGGCAAACAAGCCAGCCAAACGAUCAGGAUCUACCCGCAGGAGCCGUGCUGCUGAAGUGCAUAACCUCUCAGAAAGGAGACGGAGGGAUAGAAUUAAUGAGAAGAUGAGAGCAUUGCAAGAGCUCAUACCUCACUGCAACAAGACAGAUAAAGCAUCAAUGUUAGAUGAGGCAAUUGAGUAUCUGAAGUCACUUCAAUUACAACUUCAGGUAAUGUGGAUGGGAAGUGGGAUUGUCCCAGUGAUGUUUCCAGGAGUGCAGCAUUUCAUGUCCCGCAUGGGAAUGGGAAUGGGAGUGGGCCCGCCUCCUUUGCCUUCUAUGCAAAAUCCUAUGCAUUUGCCUAGGGUCCCACUUGUUGAUCAAUCCAUUUCUAUGGCUCCCACACAGAACCAGGCAGUAUGCCAAACUCCAGUAUUGAAUCCAGUUAGUUAUCAAAAUCAGAUGCAAAAUCCUACUUUCUCUGAUCAGCAUGCACGUUUCAUGGGCUUUCAUAUGCAAGCUGCUUCUCAGCCCAUGAAUAUGUUCCGGUUUGGCUCGCAAACAGUACAGCAGAACCAAAUGAUGGCACCACCAAACAGUGGCGGUGGACCCUUGAGUGCUGGAACUACAGCCAGUGAUGCUCCUCCGAGUGACAAGAGUGGCAAGACGGGUUAAAUGGCGAUAUGUAUUCUGAUCGGGUGUUUCUGGUCCCCUGGACGGAUAAAUUAGGAGAAUUGCAGUGCGGUGGAUGCAACUUCCUGUUGGAUAUGUGAAGCAUUUAAUUCCUCACCAAUCAUCUGCCUACUACUGAAAUAGAUGCAGUCAUAUUUUCUCUGUACAUGUCCCUGAAAUAUAGCUGUUACCAUGUUCUAAAUAUCUCCCAUCAACUUCAAACGUGUUUUGUAACCAUUUUUUAUUGAAUGAAAUAGUUACGUAUAA